AUGUCGGCUGGCUUCUAUCCCUUGGCAGAUAUUCUCUCCGUCGCUCAGGUCCAUCCAUUCUAUUCGGACACGCAAUAUCCCCCUACGCGAGAACAGCUCCCUCACAUCCUGCAUGCCGCUCAAGCCAGUCCGCAAGCCGCCCGGGAUCUUGAGUCGUUUCCUUUGACCAGGAAACAUUCCCUAUAUCAGCACAUCUCUCGACUCACCGUGGACAAGAAUUCGCGAAACGGAUAUCGCCAGGGAACCUUUGUGAGCACCACAGGCGGGGGCUCGGGCGGGGCGCCGAUGGUGUUUGCGACGGAUGCGCUCGAAAAUCGGCAGCAGCGCGCAGUGAUGGGAGACAUUCUGCGGAACUGUGGCCUCAUAGAGCCGGGAGAUUGGGUCCUGACACUCCAUGUCUCGGGCCACCUAUACCGGGCCCUAGAUCUCAUGACCGAGUUGUUUGAAAACGCUGGCGCGGCCGUCUUGUGUGCCGGGCCGGAGAUGGCGCACUCGGCUGUGGUGGAAGCCAUCAUUCAGUAUCGGGCUAAUGCCGUGGCGGGAGAUGUCAGCCAGCUUCUGCAGCUAGCCAAGUAUGUCAGCACUUUAGACGCAGUGCAAAAGUCUGCGCUCCGCCUAACAAAGUUGUUCUACACAUCCGAGUCCAUCACGUCCGCUCAGCGAGGCUUUUUGACCUCGGUCUUUGGGGACCUCACCAUCUGCUCCGUCAUUGGCAGUGCAGAGGCCGGAGCAUGGGGUGUCUCGAGCAGCGCGUUGACUGGGAUCCCCAAGGCAAACUAUACCGAUUUCAUCGUUGAUAAACGGACAAUGCACCUGGAGGUCUUUCCUCUGACGGUUGCGGACCAGGAAGCCACUGCGUGUGUGAAGCCAGUACCCCUAGGACAGCCAGGACUGUUAGUUCAGACAUCGUUACAGCGUCUACGAAAUCCUUUGGUACGAUAUGUAUGUGGCGACAUCGCCUCCCUGCACCCGUUGCCAUCGACCUUACUGGCAAUUCUUCCCAGCCAACACACCGAGCAUUACCAAAUGAUCCGUGUCUACGGCCGAGACCAACGCUCCAGCUUCACCUGGUACGGUGAGUACUUCGAAUUCGGGGCGAUCGAGGCCUUCAUGCGCGCCGAACAGUGGGAUAUCCUCCUGUGGCAGAUCAUCCUGCAGGAUGCCAGUCCCGAGGGGGCAGAUAUUGUGUUGGAAGUGCGUAUUUUUCGGGAUCCGGACAGUCGAGUCAGUCAGGAGCAUCUCGCUGCCAAGAUCCGGGAGUUUUUCUGGGUGUUUGAUUUCAAUGCGGAGCUGUUUCGGUUGGAGUUUCUGGGGGAUACGAGGGGGUUUCGACGGAGCAGAACGGGGAGGAAGGUGAUGCAGUUUGUGGAUUUGACUGGUUGA